GGGGUGGGGGCCGCGGACGGGGCUGGAGGCGGCGUCCCGGGCGCCCCAAGGCUGGCAGAGCUCGGGCCUGGCUCUGCCGCGGCCUGGACAUCCCACUACCGGACUGCAGUAGCCUGAGGCCUGGGUCGCUUCCAGCCGGGGCGGGCGGGCUUCUCCCCGGUUCUGCCCCGCCCAGGCCUCACCCGGCCGGGGGCCGAAGCCGUCCCAUCCCGUCCUCCGACAUCCGCCAGGGGCCCAGCAGGGCCGCCCCCGGCGGCGCACGGUGCAGGGACCCAGUGUCCCCCGCGAUGGGGGGCGGGCAGCGGCCGCCCACCGGCCCUAACUCGCGCAUGAGGGAAAUCGGGGCGGGCCCAUCCCAGCUGGGAACGGGGGGCUUUUAUUUUUGUCCUGGCUGGGGGCCCCUCCACCACGAGCGGCACCCACAGACCCGUCGGCCCCCCGCGUCCUCUGGGAGCCACGCCAAGGGCGGCCCGGCCGCUCCCAGGAGCCCGCGCGGGGGGGCGGGGCAUCGUGACGUCAUCCCCGCGCGUCCGGAGCCGGAAGCGCCGGAGCUGCCGCCGAGGUCGCGCGGCCACGUGUGGAGGCGCGGGGAGCAGGAGCGUCCCGGGUCUCUGGCACGUGCCCGACAGUAACACCAUGAGCUUCGUGGCUUAUGAGGAGCUGAUCAAGGAGGGUGACACGGCCAUCCUGUCCCUGGGCCACGGCGCCAUGGUGGCCGUGCGUGUACAGCGAGGGGCUCAGACCCAGACCCGGCACGGCGUCCUGCGGCACUCGGUCGACCUCAUCGGCCGCCCCUUCGGCUCCAAGGUGACCUGCGGCCGGGGGGGCUGGGUGUACGUGCUGCACCCCACGCCCGAGCUGUGGACGCUGAACCUGCCGCACCGCACACAGAUCCUGUACUCCACGGACAUCGCCCUGCUCACCAUGAUGCUGGAGCUGCGGCCCGGCUCCGUGGUCUGCGAGUCCGGCACUGGCAGCGGUUCUGUGUCCCACGCCAUCAUCCGCACCGUGGCGCCCACCGGCCACCUGCACACCGUAGAGUUCCACCAGCAGCGAGCGGAGAAGGCCCGCCAGGAGUUCCAGGAGCACCGCGUGGGCCGCUGGGUGACUGUGCACACCCAGGACGUGUGCCGCAGCGGCUUCGGUGUGAGCCAUGUGGCGGAUGCCGUCUUCCUGGACAUCCCGUCGCCCUGGGAGGCCGUGGGCCACGCCUGGGACGCCCUCAAGGUCGAAGGUGGGCGCUUCUGCUCCUUCUCGCCGUGCAUCGAGCAGGUGCAGCGCACGUGCCAGGCCCUGGCAGCCCGCGGCUUCACGGAGCUGAGCACCCUGGAGGUGCUACCGCAGCUCUACAACGUGCGCACAGUCAGCCUGCCCCUGCCGGACCUGGGGGCCAGCAUCGGGCCCCCCGCCGGCUCUGACGCCAGCCCCUUCCGCAGCGGCACGCCCAUGAAGGAGGCCGUGGGCCACACCGGCUACCUGACCUUUGCCACCAAGACCCCAGGCUAGUGGGCUGUGAUGGGAGCCCCCAGGAGCUGGGAGCACCACAGGCCUGGCUAGGAGGCCAGCGUCUUCCUUGUAUGGUCAGCAGAGCCUGUCUGGCCUGUUUUGGAAACAGAUGGCAGGGCGGGGCUUAUGGCCUCCUGGGUGGCCAAAGGGGGAGGGUACGGAGGGGUGGCCUUGCUGGAGGCCUAUGGGACUUUCUGGUUCUUAACAGGGGAGACCUCUGCCCACGUCACUGUCCAGCUCAGGCCCUGUCCCUACUGCUGUGUUGCCAACAUGAAGUCUGUCACAGGCUCUCCCGGUAUUGAAGCCAGGGGCUCUAGGUUGAGGGUGACGGGUCUGACCCAAGCGGCAGCGGGCAGAGGAGGCAGAGGAGGCCUCGGCCUGGCCCUGAGGCUGGUGCUGGCCUCCAGGUCUUGGCCGUGUUCACCCUGUGCCUGUUGCAGGGCCGUGGCUGCUGGCUGUCCUUGAGCUUAGCCAAAAGCUGAGGGUGGAGCUGACCCCAAGACCCAUGCCCUAGCUCCUCUACCCUCGCGCAGUGCUGAGGAGGACCAGGGGAGGUGACUCUGCCAUGUGUGUCCCCUAUGGGUGCCAGUUCGAGUCCCAGCUGUCCCACUUCUGAUCCCAAGGGCAGGGCAGCCGCUUCCCACCAACUCUGGGGACCUGCCUCCUGCUGCCCUGGCCCAGCCAUGGCUCCCACCCAGAGGACAGCGUUGCCUAGGGUGCCCUGGUGGGCUCUCUGUUGAAGCCAGGGUUCACAAUCCUAGACUUCCUCAGGUACCCCUGCCUCUCAUGAGACCCUGGGGGUCAUGGGGAGCCCCUGUAAGGGACAGUGGUGUGAAGUGGGGCAGAGGACCGUAGAGGAUGGGCGCCCAGGGCCUGGUGUGCUGCCAGUGUGGCCACCCUGUCGCUAAUGCGUGAAGGCCCAGGUGCCAGCCUCAGCUUCCCCAGCGUCUGGAUGCCAGCCCAGGGCACUGUGCUGCUAAGAGGCCAACCCUCGUGUGCCCGACAGGGCGCUGAACGUGCCGCCCUUACGUGUGCCCUGGCUCCUGCUUUUCCCUUCCCCAUCCCAGGGUAGGCACCACGGAGGCUUUCAACUCCAGGACAAUGGCCUGACUCAGUGGACAAGGGGGCGAGUAUGUGGCCACCCCCAUCCGACUGCAGAAAGGGCCCCUUGUCCCAGAGGUUGGGAGGAGUGUGUGUGUCCCUGUGUGUGUCAGCACCAGGCCCUCCCUCUAGAGCCCUUGGCCUUACACCUCACUGUGUACACACCCCCUCCUAAACCCUGGAGGGUCCGCCCUCUUGAUUCCUGGGGAGUCCCUGGAGCUGCAAGGCCUGUCCACCCAGCUUCCUGGGGGACAGCUGCUGUUGGAGCCCCGCCCCACCUCAGGUAGCCCUCCAGCUCAUCCCCCAAACAUGAGCUAGGCUGGCCGGGGCAGCAGCAGCUCCUGUGCUCCUCGAGGCCCUGUUGAUGUGCCUUGCUCAGCACUGCUUUCCCAGCCUGGCCCACCCUCCAGCAGGGGUGUCCCACACAGGUCACCUCCCGGUGCUGCUGCAGCUUGGGAGCCCCCCGCCCCGCCCCCAAACGCAGCAGAGGAACUGAAGUCACGCGGUACCCAGUUCUGCAGACGGGCCCUGACUCCCAGAGGAGCAGGCUGGGCUUGCAGUGAGCCAGCGGUCAGCAGGUCCCUGCUCACCUCUGAGUCAGUAGCACGGGGUUCCUCGCACGGCAGGGAUCCAUGGGAACCUGCCCAGCCCUCACCCAGCCCUCACCUCGGCCUCCCCAGGCUGGCUGAAGCACAUCUCCCUGCGGGCCUGGGCCCCACCGCCUCGCUCCCCUGCUCUGGUCCAGACCAGGACCCACCCUGGAAGGCUGGGCCAGGCUGGGCCUCAGGGCAGGGUCUUUGCACCGGGGCGGGGGGGUGAGGGACACUGGGAUCCAGGGGCUUGGCCUCUGUCCAGUGGGAUGACGGGGAUGCUGUAGACUGCCCAUGUCCCUUGUGUCUCUUUCAGGGCCACGCUGUCAUCUCCCAGUCUUUGGCCUGCAUGCUGGAGGUCAGGGCCUCCCCUGCCCCACCAGGGCCCACUGUGCAGCUGGGGGAGCUGCCUGUCUGCCUUUAACACUGCAUCAAGUGCCCUUGUUUCCCUGUGUGACCCCCACCCCCUGUGGCUACAGAGCCAAAGGGCAGUCAUGGAGGACUCCUCAGGAGAGGGGCACCUGGGGGGCAGGUGUUCAGGCAGCCACUGCCAGUCCCCGGGCUGGAGCAGCUGCCCCUUGCAAGGGUCUGAGCGUGGUGCCCAGCAGGCCUGGUGCCCCACUCUGCCUGUGGAACCUGAGGUGCUCCUGCCCCUGCCAGGGAGGGCCUUUCUCCAAGUCUUGGCUCCUGAUGCCUCUUGGGCAGUUGGAUGAUUUAUCAGGAUAAUGUGGAGGGGAGAUCAGAAAAUCCAGGCUAUCAUCUAGAGGUGUGAUAGGCAGGAAGCUGCCUGGGCUGGGUGUGGCCAGGUGGCUCUCACUUGACCUCCGUGGGUUGCAAGGUGGGCACCAUCCACGUGCUGACGGCCACCUCCGCCGAGCAUGGGCAUGGUCUGCCACGAGCCGUGGUGCUCCCUGGUCAAGGCCCUGUGGCUGGAGCAGGGGCCGUGCGCUGGGAAAGGGAGCUGCCCUCUGCAUGCUCCUGGUUGCUUCCUGAGACGGAGAGCGGCAGAGAUGUUCCCGUGGGCUCCCUGCGCCCAGACCUGUGUGCUGUGCCAGGGGCCCGCACGGCCCAGCCCAGGCGGGACGAGGGCGUUUCAAAGUCAGGCUGCUUCCGAGGCAGCAGCGUUGGCGGAGGGAAUAGCUCGGCUCCCACCAGGCUGAGAAUAGCUCCGAAUUGGGUCACGCUCACCCGCAGCUCCGGUCACAGCCUGCAGCCUUGGUCAAUAAUCAGCUUUCUCCCCGACAUCUGUCCCUUCAGAGGGGGCAGGUGGUGCGGGCACAUUGUUAGAAGAAGCAAAGCAGAGGGCAUGGAGUGAGGGGAAUCUAUUUUGGAAGGAGAGGCCCCCUCCCCCACCCUGUCCCCCUCCACUCUGCUGUUAGCCCCCAACUCCCUCCAUGCCCAUGCCCACAGGUGCUGCGCCAGGUGAGGAUGCUGGGUUGGGUCAGCUGAGAGGGUAGCCGCACCCUUGCCAUCUUGGGACAGUGGGGAGGGGCUACCCUACUCCGAGGAUUCUGGGAGGAUUCUGGGACUCGUUCCUCCAGCCCUGGGGCUCCCACUGCCAGACCCUUACACCCCACAUCCCCUAGCCACGUUUCUCCAAGGCCCCUGGCUGUGCAUGCCGCCCCUCCCACCCCCCCGCUGGCCACCAUUUCAGUUCAAGGAAUGACAACUUCCUUAGGGACGCUGCAGUGUUGUGCAAGGAUGGGGGCUGGGAUUUGCCUGAGAAUAAUCCCAGGCGGGGGAGCGGGGUACGGGAUUCUUUGUGCAAUCUCUGGUAUUGCAUUUCUGUGACAUUUUUCAUAAUCAAAAAAAAUUUUUUAAGGGAAGAUGUUGGAUCUUGGCCUGCUCUUCCUGCUUUAA